AAAAAGUACAGGCAGAAAUUGACAGAGUGAUUGGUCAGAGGAGGGCAGCAAACCUGGCUGACCGAGAGUCCAUGCCCUACACCAAUGCUGUCAUCCAUGAGGUGCUGAAGAUGGGCAACAUCAUCCCCUUGAAUGUUCCCAGGGAAGUCGCAAUGGAUACCAAUUUGAAUGGAUUCCACCUGCCAAAGGGCACCAUGGUUCUGACCAACCUGACUGCACUGCACAGGGACCCGAGAGAGUGGGCCACCCCAGACACAUUCAAUCCAGAGCACUUUUCGGAGAAUGGACAGUUUAAGAAGAGAGAAUCUUUUCUGCCAUUCUCAAUGGAAAUGACAAAGGUGAGGAUAAGCAGCUGGGUCUUCCUGGGAAUAAAAAUAUGGUGGUUUAGAAGAUUCCAAUUGAUCGUGCACCAUGCUGCCAUAUAUUUAAGAGUAUAA